AUGGCGGCGGCCAAGGCGAAGCCGAAGACGGUAGACGAGCUGGAGGCGGACGAGGCGGAGGCGUUCAAGACCGGUCCUCUAUCUGUACUGACGACCUCGGUGAAGACUAACACGCAGGUCCUCAUUAGCUGCCGCAACAACCGCAAGCUGCUCGCGCGCAUCAAGGCGUUCGACCGGCACUGCAACAUGGUCCUGGAGAACGUCAAGGAGAUGUGGACGGAGAUGCCAAAGAAGAAGGGGGCCAAGCCGGUCAACAAGGACCGGUUCAUCUCGAAGAUGUUCCUGCGCGGCGACAGCGUCAUCCUCGUCCUCCGCAACCCGAAGUGA